AUGGGAGGAUUUGGUACCAAUGGGACGGAACGGUCGGCCGAGGCUGAAAUUCAAGAAAUGUCAACAGAGGAUCGCGAUAUGGUAGAGAAUAUGAUCGCAGACUAUGGCGUUCCGAAGAUGCUCCUACACACAGCACCCCCUGGGGAGGGCUUGGAGUUCAGUCAUGCAGGUAUGAAACAGAAAUUUGAACUUGAACAAGGGUUUGCGCAUGCUCCGCAGGAGGAAAAAUCUAAGAACCAGAUGAAAGAAAGACCCUUGAAGUGUGAUGGAUGUGCGAAAGCACAAGAAGAAAAGCGAAGUGAGCGCGAAGCGCAAGAGAGCACACUAAGAAUACCGGAUAAGGAAACGGAUAAGGAAGCAGAUGUGCAAAGCGAGUGCAAAUGCAGAGCGAGUGUUUAUAACGAGCGCGGAUAA